GAAGGGGGCGGUCCCUCGCAGGGAAACGGCGCGGCCGGGCGCAGGGCUGCCCUUGGAAAAAGAGGCGUCGCUCCGUCAUGGCGUCCCGCACAUUCCCUUUGCUCAAGUUCAUGGGCAAAGCAGGACUGGCUGGCGGGGCCCUCUAUGUGGUUUACUCCCAGGGGCUGCUGGGGAGCAGCGAUAAAGGUGCCGAAGCCCUCCAUAAAGCCAAAGCAGCUGUUCCUCCAGCUGUGGAAGAAUGGACAAAGUAUUUCGGUUGGCAGCUUCCAGCGGUGCCGAAACCUGAAUUUUCCUUCUCCAAUGCCUGGAAUUCAGGGGUCCGUACUGUCAUAAGUGCCCUUUCCAUCGCCCCCACCAAGGGCGGCGAAUACACGCAACAAGGAUGGAAAUACGUCAAGGAGCUCAUGAAAUGAAGGCAGCCGCCGGAGCAGCAGCGUCGCGUCCUCUUGCCGUCCAGCAGGAAUGAUCUCGGUCCAGUUUUGCAGAAAGCAACCCGGUUUUAUAACCAGGGUUAUAAAAGAGCCGCCAGACAGCCGAUA